AUGGGAGUUUUUUACGGGUUUGGAGGGUUCUUUUUUGGUUUUCUUUUACCAGUAGGAGCUGGCCUUUAUUCCUGUUCCGACAAAGACUCACAACUCGCUGACUAUUUCCUAAGAGUAUUGUUUUUUUGGGUAGUUUCAAAUCAAGUUGUAGCUCCAGUUCUAAAUGUAGUCUUUGGGAAGACUUCUCCAACAUUUCUGUCAAUGGUUUAUACUCUCUACCCGGUUUUACUUCUUGUUCCAAAAUUCAAUCUAUUGAAAACACUUGACAACAAAGCAUAUGCAUUGUUGAAUUCCGAUUCUCUCACUUUGGUUAAAUCAAAACUAGAUGAUGUUUGUUUGGCUUCUAGAAGGGCUCUUUCAUCAUUAUUCGCAAAGCUUCAGGAAUAUUCUAAAUUUUAA